AAUUAUUAACAUUUAUUAUCAUGAUGUCAUUAUCGUUGUCGUUGGCAGCACGAUUCUCUCAAUGUUAUCUCUUUAGUGACAGCUGUGAUAAGAAUGGAUUCUCGACAGAAAGUUUUAUUAUUAUUAUUAUUUAAACAUCUUGUAUUGAAGCAGCGUAUACAAGCUAACAGAGAAGAGUAUCGUUUGACACGAACAAAAGCAUUGAAAUGGCGACAACGAGCAAAAGAAAAGGCAUGUGUUGUAGCCAUGAUUUGUUCUACGCUUCCUAGUGAUCGAAUUUGGAAGAUCCCAAGAAAUCAGAAAUGGUGGGAAGAGUGUGUUCCUGCAAUGGAUGAAGUAAGUUGGCGUGAAAACUUUAGAGUUUCUAGAGAAACGUUUAAUUUCUUAUGUGCUGCAUUACCUGAAAUGAAAAGAAAUAAUACUCACUUGAGACGAUGUAUUUCUACAGAUAAAAGAGUAGCAAUUGCUCUAUAUACAUUGGCAUCGUCGUCUGAAUAUAGGACUAUUUCACAUUUGUUUGGUGUAGGAAAAUCCACCGUUUGUAAAAUUGUUAUAGACUUCUGCAAUGCAGUUAUAAAUAAUUUAAUGUCUACCGCCAUCCAGUUUCCACAGACUAGAAAUGAAAUUGACUUAAAAAUUCGUGAUUUUUACGAGAUUUGGAAUUUUCCACAAUGCUUUGGAUCAAUUGAUGGAACACACAUUCCUAUUUCACCACCAAAACAAGACUGCAUUGACUAUUACAACUAUAAAGGAUGGUAUUCUAUGGUCCUCCUUGCUGUUGCAGAUGCCAAAUAUAUGUUUACAUAUAUAAAUGUAGGAUCUCCUGGAAGGAAUAAUGAUGCACACAUUUUAAAAAAUUCUCACUCUCUUUUAACAUGCCUACAAAAUAUAAACUCCUUAGAAUUAGGGGAAAGAAUUGGUGGAGAAGUUGUGCCACCUUUAAUUAUUGGUGACUCUGCUUUUCCUUUACAGCCAACUUUAAUGAAGCCAUUUCCAAGUAAAACAGAGGAUGAAAUAGAAAAAAUGUUCAAUUUUAGAUUAUCUAGAGCUCGACGAGUAGUGGAAAAUGCCUUUGGAAGAUUAAAAGCAAGAUUUCGAAGACUUUCUAAACGAAUGGAUAAUAGGAUUGAUAUAUCAAAACAAAUAAUUAAAACUUGUUGUAUAUUGCAUAAUUUGUGUGAGAAGAGGGAUGAUCCAAUAGAGAAAACAUGGCUUAAUGAAAUAAAUCAGUCUGAUAGUUCAUCAGAAAGAAUUUGUGUUAUAGGGAUAAACAACACCAAAGCUAUUUCAAUUAGAAAUGCUAUUGCAAGAAGUUUUAGGGAUGAAGAUUAAGAUUAUAAGGAUUUUAAAUUAAGUUCUCAAAACA